GCUCCUUGGGCUGCUGCGCCUCCACUGAGCCGCCUGGGUGUGAGGACCUCGCGCCGGCGCCUCCGGGAAGGACGCGGAGCCGCCGCGGCCGAGCCCAGGGCUGCAGCUGCUGCCCGACGCCCGCGGGAAGGCCCUUCCGUCACCGCCCGCGGGUUCAAACUUGGAGCGGCUGCUGCCAGCUGAGGCGCCAGCGGCGUCGGGAGCUCCUCAGAGUCAGUGUUUUGUACUGGAUUCGGCAUGUCGUCUGAAAACUCGGGAAUUUGUCACUGACAUGGUGACAGGAGGGUCCUGCUCACAUGGGAAGUGCUUUCUGAGAGUCAUGGACCUCCUGCACAAGAACAUGAAACACCUGUGGUUCUUCCUCCUCCUGGUGGCAGCUCCCAGAUGGGUCCUGUCCCAGGUGCAGCUACAGCAGUGGGGCGCAGGAGUGGUGAAGCCUUCGGAGACCCUGUCUCUCACCUGCGCUGUCUAUAGUGGGUCCUUCAGUGGUUACUACUGGGGCUGGAUCCGCCAGCCCCCAGGGAAGGGCCUGGAGUGGAUUGGGCAUAUCAAUUAUGGUGGGAGCACCAACUACCACCCAUCCCUCAAGAGUCGAGUCACCAUGUCAGUAGACACGUCCAAGAACCAGUUCUCCCUGAAGCUGAGCUCUGUGACCGCCGCGGACACGGCCGUGUAUUACUGUGCGAGAGGCACAGUGAGGGGAGGUGUCCAGUGUCAGGUGCAGCUGGUGGAAUCUGCGGGAGGCGUGGUACAGCCUGGGAGGUCCCUGACACUCUCCUGUACAGCCUCUGGAUUCACCUUCAGUAGCUAUGGCAUGCACUGGGUGCGCCAGGCUCCAGGCAAGGGGCUGGAGUGGGUGGCAGUUAUAUCGUAUGAUGCAAGUAAUAAAUACUAUGCAGACUCCGUGAAGGGCCGAUUCACCAUCUCCAGAGACAAUUCCAAGAACACGCUGUAUCUGCAAAUGAACAGCCUGAGAGCUGAGGACACGGCCGUGUAUUACUGUGCGAAAGACACAGUGAGGGGAAGUCAUUGUGCGCCCAGACACAAACCUCCCUGCAGGAACGCUGCGGGGGGAAAUCAGCUGCAGGGGGCGCUCAGGAGCCACUGAUCAGAGUCAGCCCCGGAGGCAGGUGCAGCUGGAGGCUGUUUCCUGUCAGGAUGUGGGACUUUGUCUUCUUCAGACAGUUCCCCAGGGAACCUCUUAAAUUUAGAAAACUGUGCCUAACAAUGUCUUCUCUAUGCAUAUGAGGACCUUUUCUCCCUGGCACAAAAUGCAGAUUGACGCUUACACGGAUGAAAAUUCCUCAACCAUGGUCAGAAGGAUCAGAGUCCUGAGUAACCUCAGGGCUUCCUGGUGAUUCUUCUCAAAUCAGACCCAGGACAGGGACCUCCGUGAGAUUCCCUGACUGGAACAGUCUUUAGGGAUCCUGGUCACAGACAAUAGAGAGGCUGAACCAGGGUCAGCGUCAUGUAGAACCUCACAGAUUUCACGUCGGAUCCUUCUCCUGACACGAAAGUAUGCAAAUCAGUAUCAGCACCGAUCUGGUGCUUCUUUUGUUCCUAAUCCAUUUACUUUCUUUUUUCGUCGUUUUUCUCCUUUUUCCAUUUGUUUUUCCUGCUUUUUGCACAAGGAAGAUGUUUUCCCUGUGAGAUAUAGGGGAUGACAAUUUUGGGGGAUGGCUGGAACAUCCAGUAUCCUCAGGGCCGACCAUCAGUAAGUGCAGGCUGGAAGUCUCAGAAAGAGCUGAAGCUGCUUAAUCACCAUGGAGUUUUACCUUCUCCAGUUCUGCUCUGAUGGAAUCAGGGCCAAGCAGGUUAUCAAUGAUAAUCUACCUAACAUAGAGUCAACCGAUUCCAGUUUUAAUAACGUCUGUUAAAAAUUCACACCACCACCUGGAUUAGUGUUUUGUCAAAUCAAUACACGGUAUUGUCCAGCCAAGUAGACCCAAAGACGGACCGUUACCCAUGGAGAAAAACAUUAACCUGAGUUCUAGGUUCUUACAGUGUAAAAGGUGUAAAACUGAUUAUUUAGAAAUGAGGCUAUUUUUCUUUUUGCUGUUGAGUUGUAGAAGUUUCUUUUACAUUUGGACAUUAAAACUUUUUCAGAUAUAUGACAUAUUAUCCAAUUCUGUAAGUUGUAGUUAUUUUGUUGCUUUGCAGAAUCUUUUUCAUAAUCUAUUCCCACUUGUUCAAUUCUGCUUUUUUUGUAGGUGAUUUGAAUGUAAAAUCCAGAAAAAGAUUGCUAAUUUUUUGAGGGUUGAGAAUUUUGCAAUUACAGUUAUUACAGUUAGAUAUUUAAGGCAUUUGGAGUGAAUUUUUGUGUUUAUUCUAACCUAAAAUUCUUAAUUCUUUUCAUGGGAAAAUCCAGUUUUCAUACCACCCUCUUUGGAAGACACUACAAUUUAGCCGUGUUAUAUUGAUGGUUCUCAUGCUAAAAAUCAGCUCGUCAUCAAUAUGCGGGUUUAUAUCUAAGCUCUGUGUAGGUAUUUAUGCCAAAACUUUCUAUGUUUUUAACAAAUGUUGAGGCCUGGAAGUGAAAUGCCUAAAGCUUUCUUCUUGCCUUGUUACAGGUAUUAGACCAAAAUAUUCUAACCUUUUACUAUUGAGUGCAAUAAUAGCUGUGGCCUUUCUUAAUGGCUUUUAUUAUGUUCAAGUUGUUUUCUUGUCUUCCUACUUUGUUCAUAGUUUUUAUAAUGAAACUGAUUUUUUUCAAAUUCUUUUUCUGUGUCUGAUGCAAUGUUACUGAGAUAUUUUUUCUUUAGUUUUGUAAUGUGGUGUACCAAAUUGAUUGAUUUGAGAAUGUUGAAUCAAGUGUGCAUCUCAGGAAGAAGUUUGCGCUGGUCAUGGUGUACGGUCUUCUAAAACACUUUGGAGCUUAGUUUACUAUUGUUGGGGAUUAAUUCAUGUCUACUAAUGAUAUUGGUCUGUAGUUUUCUUUUAUUGUGGUGCCUUUGUCUAUUACUGGUAAUACUAUAAUGGUAGCCUCGUAGAAGGAGUUUAGAAGGUAUAUGGCAGACUACCUUUAAAAUAGAUUUUAUCAGUGGAGAAAUGGUGAUAGUUUUUUCUUCACUUUUCUGUUGGGAAGAAUUUUAUGUUGUUUAAAAGAUAUUCAGAAUGACUUAACCUGGUUUAUGAGCUUUCAUUCUAUUCCUUUCUUCCAUUCUUUUUGAAGAACUGCUUACCUUUCCUAUUUAUUUUUAAGUUUGUUUUUAGACUUAUGCAAUAGAUUUUGAGGUGAAACUUGGUGGAAUUUUUUCUAAUAAAUUAGAAAAAAUAAAUCAUUUAAUUGACUAUUUUAUUCAGGUUGACUUGUUUAAUAUUUGCUAAAGGCCAGUUCUUUAAGCUAUGACAUGUAAUAAAUCCCAAAUGGCAGUACCUCAUUGUUUACUUAGCUUUUGUACUUAUAUUUUUCAGAGGAAGAACCACUACUGUAAAUUGUAAAUAGCCAAGACAUAAUUGUAUUGUAUGCAAAUCUGUGACUGUUUACAGUGUCAUCUCUGAGAAACAUAAAGUUUAUUUACUAUAUAUAUAUAUAUAUAAAGAGUUUGGAAGGUUGACUCCUCACCAAUUUUUGAAAGAGUUACAGAAGGGCUGGUAUUACUUCUUUAAAUGUUAAGGUUCAUUUUAUGAUGUAACAGAUAACCUAUCAUGGAGAAUGUUCAAUGUGUGCUUGAGAAGGAUGUGUAUUACGUGACUCUUGGUUGGAAGGUUCUGUAAAUAUCAUUCAGAUAAAUUUGUUCAAUAGUGUUGUUCAAGUUCAGAGGCACAUUAAGAAUUUUCUUUCUGGAUUUGCUAAACAUUAUGGUCAUGAGGUAUUAAGGUCUUCUCUUAUUUUUGUGUUGUUUUCUAUUUCUUUAUAUCUGUUACAGUUUGCUUAAUGCAGUUAUAUUUGUAUUUGUACGCAUGUGUAAAAACAAAAAUCAUAAUUGCUAAAUGAGUUUUAUGGCACAGU